CAUUUUAGGAGGGGAUUAUUCGACAGAGCGUUUGGUGAGCGGAGUUUUUCCACCUGGCUCCACAAAGGAGGAGAUAAACGGAGGUGAAAUAGCGGAGGAGGAGGAGGAGGAGACGCGCAGGUCUUUGGAUUCAACCCUUUCUACCGUCAAUUGCCAAACACUGCAGUACAUCUUCAUGUCGGUUCUUCAUAAAGCACAGCUCACCAGAUAGAGUUGUCCCGCUCCCAGUGGAGGAUAAUGGAACGGCUGUGGUUGUCUUUGCUGUUGCUGGCGGCAGCGUGCAGGGGACAGCCGUGUCCGAAACGCUGUAUGUGCCAGAGCCUCUCUCCGUCGCUCGCCAUCCUCUGCUCCAAGACGGGCCUGCUGUUUGUUCCCGCCGCCAUUGAUCGACGCACCGUGGAGCUGCGGCUUCAGGAGAACUUCAUUACAGCUGUCCGACGGCGAGACUUUGCCAACAUGACCAGUCUGCUACACCUCACCCUGUCCAGAAACACCAUCAGCCAGAUCCUCCCCUCAGCGUUCAGCGAUCUGCGGCGACUGCGGGCUUUACACCUCGACUCCAAUAGAUUAACUGUGAUCAAGGAUGACCAUUUCAAAGGUCUGACCAACCUUCGCCACCUGAUCCUGGCUAAUAACCAGCUCCACUCCAUAUCCCCCCAUGCAUUUGAUGAUUUCCUGUCCACGCUGGAGGAUCUGGACCUCAGUUACAACAACCUUGACAAGGUUCCCUGGGAUACAAUUGGACGUCUCACAAACGUCAAUACCCUGAAUAUGGAUCACAACCUGAUAGAAAACGUUCCUCAAGGGGUUUUCACCAACCUGCAUAAACUGGCCAGGUUAGACAUGACAUCCAACAAGCUGAAGAAGAUUCCCCCAGACCCGCUGUUCCUGAGAAUCCCAGUUUAUGCCAAGUCCAAAGGCUCCCCGCUGUCCUCUCUUGUGUUGAGUUUUGGUGGGAACCCCCUUCACUGCAACUGUGAACUUCUGUGGUUGAGAAGACUCACCAGAGAGGACGACCUUGAAACGUGCGCCUCCCCGCCUGACCUCAGUGCCAAGUACUUCUGGACGAUACCUGAAGAGGAGUUUAUCUGUGACCCACCGGUUCUGACGCGGAAAUCACCUCACACCGCGGCUAUGGAAGGCCAACCCGCAAGUCUGAAAUGCAAAGCGAAUGGCGAUCCAGAGCCCGAAGUCCACUGGAUUAGCCCUGAAGGACGACUUAUAUCCAACACCUCCAGAACUUUAGUUUUUCCCAAUGGAAGCCUCGAGAUCAACGGAACAUCCUUGAAGGAUUCUGGAAACUUUACUUGCAUUGCCUCGAACGCGGCAGGUGAAUCGACAGGAAGAGUGGAGCUGGUCGUCACAGCUAUGCCCCAUCUGGCAAACAGCACAAGCCGCACCAGGGAUCCCUCUGAACCCGCACCCUCUGACAUCCUUACCUCCAACAAGGUUGCGCUGCCUAAUAAUGAGACAAGAGGGGCAGACAAGCGAGUUUCAUUGGUGGAGCUGACAGGAAACUCUGCCCUCAUUAGAUGGAGCAGUCAGACUCCUCCAUCUGGAGUCAGGAUGUUCCAGGUCCAAUACAACAGCUCCGGGGACGACACUCUGGUUUACAGGAUGAUUCCGUCCAGCAGCAACGACUUCCUCGUCCGAGAUCUGGCCCCCGGACGCAACUACGAUCUGUGUGUGUUGGCUGUGCUCGACGACUUGGUCACUUCGCUGACCGCCACGCGUCCGCUGGGCUGUCUGUCGUUCACAACAGAAACGGCGUUCAGCCAUUGUGAAGAGCUGCGCAGCCACUUCCUGGGAGGCACCAUGAUCAUCAUCAUCGGAGGGAUUAUUGUCGCCUCUGUGCUGGUGUUCAUCAUCAUCUUAAUGAUACGGUACAAGGUUUACAGCCACCAUGGAGCGGGCCAUGGGAAAGCCGCCAUCGCGGCGGCCGCGCCAAGACCGCAGAGCAACGGACAAGGAGGAAGCAAUCAAGUCCAAGUCCUCCCUCGGUCUGCCUCAAAGAUGACUGACAGUCAGGACGACCAGGCCCUCGGUCCGUCCAGGGCCAUGUCGCCUAGCAACACUCUGAGAGACACUGUGGCAUUGGUCGAGGAGGAGAGCAGUGGACGGAGCACAAUGACAAGGACUGACUCCUCGGCCAAUGAGGAGUUGCUCUCGCCCACCAAGGCCCGCUUCUCCUCCAGAGUUGCCAUUGAGAUGAAAAUCAGACCACCAUCUGUCGCCAAAGAGCCUACCUCUCCCAAGGAAUUGGCAGAGCCCUGAUGAUGUUCUUCUGAAUGGUCAAUAUGGAGACUGAACGCAACUAUCAGGGAGAAGCUGGUGAAGACUCUGAAGAACAAAAAAAAAAAAAAAAAAAAAAAAAGCCCUAAAGCUCAUCUUCCUGUAUCUCCCGUUUCCUGUACCUAUACCAUUUCUUUCCAUGGAUCUCAUGGAGUUUUAAAUCUGUACUGUCUGGUUUACAUUCAAGUGCUUAUCCUGGUUCUCAUGUCUGGAUUGGACCACCGUGUCAAGGCCCAGUGUUUGUUGUGCCAUUCUGCUGCAGGAUCAAGCUGUCAGCGUGAUCAUCUUAAUCAUUUUUACUGCAAAG